AGCCGCGCUCUGGUUACCAUCUCAUCGUUACCACACGCUCUGCACCAUGUUUGGGGACUUGUUUGUGGAAGACGCCGGCCCUGAUUCUGGAGGCAACUCGUCAUCUGGCCGAAGACCAGAAGCGGCAAGGAGCCUGCCUCCCGCUCCUCGUGAACUCACGUGCUUGUGUGGCAUUCAGAAUCUGGGGGCCACAUGCUACCUCAACUCGCUGCUGCAGACUCUCUUCCACACACCCGAGAUGCGCGAAGCCAUUUUUAGCUUGAAGCCGGAAGAACUUGGUGAUCUUGCAGACAAAGACAAACCUGGAGCUAAGGUGCGAGUGAUCCCACUACAACUCCAGCGCUUGUUUGCCCAACUCCUGCUGCUCGAUCAGCAGGCAGUGAGCACGGCUGCGCUCACGGACAGCUUCGGGUGGACGCACACAGAGGAGGGGCACCAGCAUGACGUGCAGGAGUUGAGUCGCAUCUUGUUUGGAGCUCUCGAGUGCUCGCUGGUGGGCACGACGGGACAUGACCUCAUCUCUCGUCUCUACCACGGCACGGUCGUCAAUCAGAUCACCUGCCGUGAUUGUGGCCGUCGCAACGAGCGCGAGGAGACCUUCCAGGACUUGACGAUGGCUGUGCAUGGCAAUCGUGGUUUGGAGGAGGCCUUGAGCAGCUACUAUUGCGAGAGUGAGGAGAUGGAAGGGGACAACCGCUACUGCUGCGACGAGUGUGCCCGCCUCGUCUGUGCCACCAAGAGUGCCAAGCUCCGGACCCUGCCUACCAUCCUUACCUUUUCCCUGCUCAGGUUCAGCUUCGACUUUGUCAAGUGCGAACGCUACAAGGAGACGGGGCGCUUCACCUUCCCCAGGCUACUCGACAUGCGCCCAUACUGCGAGAUGGGUCGCUUGGGGAGAGAAGACUGCAUGUACGAGCUCUUCUCGGUCAUUGUCCAUAAAGGGGGUUGCCAUGGAGGCCAUUACCAUGCACUCAUCUGCGAUGUUAGCCACCUGGGAGUCUGGACCGGCUUGAUUGACGAAGAGCCGAAGGUAGAAAAUGGUUCUGCACAUGGUCAAGAUGAGUGUUCAGACCCUGUGGAAGCAUGUCGCUCCAUCCUGAACGAGGAGGCCGGAAACUGUGGCUUGUCCCUGGAUGUGCUUUGCCGACGCCUCCAGGAAAAAACUGGAAUUUCUUGGAACAAAGGCCAUCGUGCUCGAUAUGGCCCAGUCACCAAGUUUCUUAAGAGCCAUGCCCAUAUUUUUGACUACAAUGCUGCAAAAAACUGGGUCUCCCUGAGCACCGGCGUCGCAUCGACGUCGUUCCCGGUGUCGGGCGACGCGGAGAGAAGCACGUCAAACGGUUGUGCCGCCGUUAACGAGGAAGGGAAUGAAAGGGCGUGCGCCAAGUCUGCAGAUUCCGCUUUGGAAGCACCGAAUGUGACCAGCAAGGGAGACGCGGAUGCGGAUGGGUCCUUCAACAUGGAAGAGCGGCAGUGGUUUGACUUUGAUGACAGCUGCGUGCAGCCAGUCCGGGAGCAGGAGCUGUCGCUGCAAUUCGAAGGCCGUGAAAGUGCCUACAUGCUGUUCUAUCGGCCGCGACGUGCAAAGAAAAAAUGGUCGUCUGAGAUCCCGCAAUGGCUUGUGGAUGAAGUCACCACUCUCAACACCAAUCUGAUUGCGUUAAGGAAGCAACACGAGCAGCAGCUGCACAACUUGACGUUGCACUUGCACCUGAGUCCCCUUUAUGGCUGGGACGCUGAGGCGGGGGCCCUGCGCCCGGCCUCGCCGCACGGAGACCCCGCCCUGCCGCUGUGCACGGACACUCGCGUUAGCGUGACGCAGCUGCGCAGCGAGAUUGAGCAGCUGCUCGAGUCAUGGGAAGGCCCUCUGGCAAUGAGCCUGGCCAAGCUGCUGCCUGCCGGCUUGCACGUCUACGAGCCACUCCAAGAUGGGGACAGGAGUCUAUCUGAGGCCGGCUUGAAGGAUGGAUGCAACCUGUUCAUCUGGGACGGCAUUCAGGUUGGCGGUGUCCCAAUUGCAACUGGAAAAGAGAACGAGCCGGUGCUCCUCGACCUGGUCGUGAGCGGUGCCUGCCGAGGCACAGGACCACGCGGCCCCUCGGCGUGCGCGGGCGGCAGUGAGCCCCGCCUCGGCCUGGACCUCUCCUCCCCCUCUUGGCAGAGGGGCUUCUCCAAGGCCCUUCUCCUCGGGGAGCUGCGGUUGACGUUGGCGGCCGAAACGGGGAUCCCUGCGCAGGCCCUGGGGCUGGCCUUGAGCCAAGGAGGCCGCAGUGUGUGGCUGGAGCGAGAGCGGGUGGACUCGGUCACCGUCGGCUCGCUGGGGGUCGCGGACGGCGACCGGCUGAUGCUCUUCAGAGAGUGCACGCAGGACGCUUGUCAGAGUGGCCUGGAGCUGGAGAAUCAAAGCGACAAGGGCCAGCAGAGCUCGGAGACCCCCAGCCUGCGACUGAACAUUAAGAGUGGACUUCUGGACGAGUGCCGAGCGCAGAAGUCGACCGUCGAGCUCACCUUGCCGAUGGACCGUGUCGUUUCCACCAUCAAAUCUUUAGCUUUGGAGAAGAUGCACCUUGAAGCAGAGGCUGCAGAUGGAUACUGUUUGCGAAUGGUGGACUCUACGGGUCGUCUCCUCUCCCCCAUGAGGGAAGAUGCAAUGCUGCGUGAUGCUGGCUUGCAGCAGGAUGCGUUGCUCACGCUGUGCUCUGGGAGGGCACCAACUUCUGGGGAGCUGUUUUUGAGCUUCACUGUCAGUGGCAGCCCGGACUCACUGGAGCUGGACUUGGUUGUGCCGCAAACCUCCACCAUACGCGAGUGUUCAAAGCUCGUGCUCAACAAAGCCAACAUAAGCGCUGGUGACUGGCAUCUCCGUCGUGUCAACUGGUGCGGAGACGUGGGAGAGCCACUGUACAAUCAGGAUGCAACUCUACAGGAGCAGGGUGUUCGGGGUGGAGAUGUCCUGCAAUUAACAGAAGGACCCCCACCUACCAAGGGCCUGCUGACCUUGUCCUUGUGGUUGCUCAAGCCUGCGACUGGAUUCUUAGCUGUGGAAAGAGGUGCCAGAGAGGGCCCUGAUGCUGGCAAGGAUGGCACCAAAAGGCUGAGCCACAUUGGAGACGUGCACAUCUCUGGCACGGCAUUCCUAGAUGACCUCAGGGCCAAGGUCCUCUCCUUGGGAGCAGUGCAGCCAGAAGCAGCGGCGGCAGCGCUGGCGCUGUCCCCACAGUGCGUGCGCGUGCGACUCCUGGAGGAGGGCUUGAAGCCCGGAAAGAUCCUCCGCAACGGUCAACAGCAACUCAGAAAUCUGGGUCUGCGGGGAACAUCCAAGCUGUGUGUUCAAAUUCUCCCUCAAGAGGAAGUAUUAGGGCCAUUUGACCUGCUGCUGCAGCUGCAGUUGCGCAUUCCGGGGGAGCGGCGGUACCGUCUCCCUCGGGAGAUGAUCCUGGACACAACGCAGGGCUGCACAGUCAACUCCCUCCGCAACGCCGUCGCACAGACCUUGCAAAUACCCGCUCAGCAACUGGAACUCGCCAAGCGUUUCCCAGACACCUCCAAGUGGGUCUGUAUCUGGGAGACCAGCAAGGGGGGGAAGGGCAAACGACGGCAGAACAGAGAGAACCUGCGGCAAUCUCCCUUCUUCUUGCACGACGGAGACACCAUUGGGGUCAAGGACUUGAGUGUGGACAGUUCCUCAGAUUUCUCGACUGCCGAGGAUGACGAACAAAAUCUGCGUCUACAAACGGAGAAAAAACAGAAAGACGGCAAGUCACAGAAACCGGCUGGUGAUGGCGCUGCAACCGCUCGUCCCCGCCGAGCUGAAGUCGCCCUGUCCAUCAGUGUGGCUGACUACAGGUGACAGCCGCCCAGUCACGCCCAGUGCUCCAAGUUGAGCCAAAGUGUGCAUGGAUCCUUGGAACUGGAAGAAAUCAUGGAAGGAGAGACACGAUGAGUUUGAUGGAUGAAGAAAAUACCAGCAAUAAUGUUACUGUUAAAAGUUCACCAAGAUGCCAUUUGUACUUUUAACUUUACCCUCGCAGGUAAACACUCCUGCCUACGUUUUAUUUUCAUUUAACACGUACAAAUAAAAGUCGGCUAAAAACGAAAUACCGUUUAAAAAAACUAUGUUUUAAUGGUCCUCGUAGACUGUAAUUGCAAUUAAAAUGUACUUUUUUGCCGAUUAGGUUUAACAAUCUAUUUUCUUCUUGACGGUUUUACUUGUAACUCCGUAAAAUACUGUAAAUGUAAAUACACUUGCAGAGAAAUACGUGUACAGUCUCAAUUAAAUCUACGUUCAGACAAAAAAAAACGCGUGGGAGAGUCUCUUUUAUACUCUUUUAGACCAGGCG